AGCUGAAUGCUGUUAUCGAUCCCCGGGGUGUGUGCUUGUGCUCCGCGUGGCUUCGGGUGGUCUUUGAUGUAGGUGGGCUGAUCGCAGAUCAGAUAUACACGCCCUCCCCUCCUCCUCCUCCUCCCUCCUCCUCCUCGUGUCCCCGCCUUUGAUGUGGCGGCUUGUAGUCCUCGCGCUGCGUUGCGCUUCGCUUCAGCUGCGGCGCUGACAUGGUGAGCGGACCGGUGCGGGACUCACAGCAGCACACCUCUCCCCGGUAAGCUCUCCCCCCGCUUCAGGCUGAAACAAGUGGCUCAUCAAAAUGGUCUGGAUUCUUCAACAAACCCUCUCACUUCUAAUAACUCUGCAUGUCAUCUAUUCAACUCUGAUUCCCGUGGGGGCCGAGGAGGAGACCCGAGAAUGCAGAGAACAGGAGUACAGGGAUCGCUUUGGGAACUGUAAACGCUGCAAGCAGUGUGAUGCAGGACAGGAGCUAUCAAAGGAAUGCGGCUUUGGCUAUGGAGAGGAUGCCCGGUGCGUGCCCUGCCGGAGCAGCCGCUUCAAGGAGGACCGCAGCCUGCAGAAGUGCAAGCCCUGCCUGGACUGUGGGCUCAUCAACCGCUUCCAGAAGGGCAACUGCUCCACCACCAGCAACGCCGUGUGUGGCGAGUGUCUGCCGGGAUAUUACAGGAAGACCAAACUGAGUGGUUUUCAGGACAUGGAGUGUAUUCCGUGUGGUGACCCUGCGCCUCCUUACGAGCCUCACUGCAGCGGGCGUGUGAACCUGGUGCCGCUGCCCUCGGUGGUGACCAGCCCGCGGGACGUGGCCCUCGCCGCGGUCAUCUGCAGCGCUCUGGCCACCGUGCUGCUGGCGCUGCUGGUCCUCUGCGUCAUCUACUGCAAGAGGCAGCUGCUGGAGAAGAAGCCCAGCGCUGCCUCUCUGAGGUCCCAGGACUGUCCCUUCGGUGGCGCGGAGUUGUCCUUCCUCGACCCCCGUUGGCUCCAGGACGUCCCCCAGAGACCCUGCUGCCAGUGUCACCUCGGCCCCCGACCGGCCUGCGGUCCCGUCCACCUGAUCCCAUCUCUGUGCUGCGACGAGAGCUGCAGUCUGGGCCGCAGUCCCUUCCAGUCCCUGGCGAGCCUCGGCGACGGGAGUGCCCACCACCACGAGGACAGCGUCCCGCUGCAGCCGGGAGGACAUUCUGAGGCCGGGGGGGCGAGAGGGGCGUCAGAGCCCGCAGAGAGCGACGCGGGGGGACCGGAGGGGGAGGGACACGGCGACCACCAAGAGGACGGAUGCGAGUCAAGGGGGAAUUUGACGAAGCUGUGACGGGUGCGCCGGGUCUGGAAGGACCACAAGGAUUUCUUUGGCUCGUGUUGCACCCCGAACUCCACCGCCACGGCCAGCAACCCAGAUGAGAUUACUCCAUAACACCCCCCCCACACACACCCCGCCCCCCCCCCUCCUCCACACAGAUGAGCUGCAGCCGCUCUCAAGUCUGGUUGCAGCACGGAUCUUUGAAAACGCCGCUGAACUCAGUGUCCCUCGUCAAGGGCUCCAGAUAGAAUAGAUGCAAACAAAAGCACUGCCGAAGAAAAUCAAAGCGAGGGGGCAAAGGGGAGCGAGACACACACACACACACACACACACAGAAUGUGACCUCACAGGCCCAGAGGGUGAAAUCGAAUGAAGUUCAAACGUCGAGGAGUAUUGACUUCUUACCGUGAAUCAGUCUCUGCUCUGCGACUUUCAUAUUUACAUGUAGAAGAACUGAACCACUGACCCAACAGGUGGCGUUAUGAAGCUUUUGUGUAAAGGUAAUCUGAGGCGUGAAGAAAAGUGUCAAAAGUUAUUAUGUUGCACAUUGAAGACAAUCUUGACUAUAUGGAGUUAGAACAGGGAAUGUCAAAGUGAUAGAUUUGUUGUAGAUACUGUAAAAUAUUAAAUAGAUACAUAUUUUUGUAACAUAGACAUGACUGACAAUAUGUUUGCUUUGCUUCCCACAGUUAUAGUGUUGUUGGUUGUGAUUGGUCACUUCCAAAUGUUGUUUUUGUAAUUAAACCACUUGAACAAGUUUACAUACCCAGGAAUUCAUUUCCUCAGUUCUUUAAAUCAAGCAUUUUAGUAUUUCCAUUCCACCGUUUGGGGGUUAAAUGUAAGACACAAUUAGACAGCUGCCGCCUUUCUUUCUAUAGUUUGAUCUUUGUUUCAAAAAAUGUUACAGUGAUGAAACUUAAGAGCUGGAACAAUGAAUGAAUAAACAGAAUGAUUUGUAAUGUG